AUGGCAUCACCACGCUCUCUGCGACGUUUUGUCUUCGCUUCUCUCUUUUCCCUGGCUUUUGCUCAGAACAAGGCUGAGGAACUGACCAAGUGUCUCGACAAGGCUGGCGUAAGAAACGUCAUCGAGUCUGACAGCCAAUGGGCCGCAGAGACAACUCAGUUCCAGAAGCGUAUUCGUCCCCAGCCUGCUGCAAUUGCGUUCCCUGAAUCUCGCGAUCAAGUUGCCCUUGCGCUAGAAUGUGCGCGAGAGGCUGAUGUCCAUGCAAAUGCCCUUGGUCCUGCCCACUCGUUCCAAGGAAACGGCUUCGGAAAGCCCGGGAACUUGGUCAUCAACAUGGCUGCCUUUGACGACGUCAAGUAUGACUCAAAGACAACCCUCAUGACCUUUGGUGGCGGCACUCAUGUUGGACCUGUUGCCAAGUAUCUCUGGGACACUGCUGGACGCCAUGUUCCUCACGUCCGUGGUGCCCAUGUUGGUGUCACUGGAUCUAGCAUCGGAGGCGGCUUUGGCACCACUUCACGUUAUCUUGGUACUCCCAUGGAUAACAUUGUCGAGGUUGAGUACAUGCUGUACAACGGCACCAUCGUCAAGGCUAGAAAGGGCUCCGAGCUCCUUUGGGCUGCUCAAGGCGCUGGAGCUUCCUAUGGCAUCAUUCUCUCCAUGACUACCAAGACCUUCAAGCCUGAGUUUGACAAGGCCAUCAACUUCACUCUGUCCAUGGGCGAUCUCAGCCCCAGAGACGGCGCCAGGGCGCUCGUGGCCAUCCAGGACUACGCUACCAGCAAGGACUGCCCUGAUACCUUUGCUUUCCGAUGGAGCUUGAUGGCUCCUCCUUACGAUGGUACUGGAUACUUCUAUGGCAACCCCGACAGCUUUGACAGUGUGAUUCUUCCUCUGGUGAAUAAGCUCAAGACAAUUAAAUCCACUGUCGAGGUCAAGAAGACUGUCCUUCCCUGGUGGGACCUUGAAGUUGCUGUUGCCGGUGCUGGGAUGAACCAGCCCGACGGCGGGUUUCUCGGUGGCCGAGCAUUCUACACUCAAUCUCUCACCACUACAACCGACCACCCUCUCACUCUUGAACAAGCUCAGAUUCUUUUCGAGAGCACAACCCUGGCCUUCAACCGAACUGACCUGACAAAGUUCGCCUACCUUGAUCUCUGGGGCGGUGUCUCCCGCAACAUCAAGGAUAGCGAUACAGGUUAUGCUCAUGGCAGAAACCUGUGGUUGAUUCGCUGGGACGCCAACGCUGUCAACCCCUUGGCCUUCCCUGCCGACGCUAUUCCUUACCUGAGAGGUCUUAUGAAGCCAUUCGAGGAUGCUCUUGUCAAGGGCGGCUCUAAACUCCGUGGCUUUGUCAACUAUGCUGAUACCGAGCUUACUGAAAAGGAGUGGAGUUCACGACUCUAUGGUGCAAACUAUGAGAGACUCAAGAAGAUCAAGGCCAAGAUUGAUCCUGAGGGCCUGUUCACUGGUCACAAGCAGUCUAUCCCGCUGCCUUGA